AUGCUAAAUACCACUAUCGAUUUGCCACAACAUAAUAGAAUCUUUCAAUUUUGGAAUAAUGAUUCUCGUUCAUCUGAUAUUCAUAAAACCUGUAAUUCGGACAAAAAUAUUGCAAUAAUAACUAAAGUUAGGGAAAUACAUCUGGAAUUAAUAAAGUGUGCGAGGAAUAUAAAUGAUGCUUAUGGUUUGCAUAUUUUAAUGUCAAUAUCAACAUCAUUUAUAUUUUAUCAUACAUUGAAAAUUUUUAUAAUAUGUUACGUAUGUGCAUCAACUGCGACCGAGGCAACGAAUACGGGAGAUAUUCUUUGCGAAUUGCACGAACCGUCAACUAGCAUGGAAUUUCGUCAAGAGGUUUACAAUUUCACCUUGCAACUCGUUCAGAAUCCAUUGUCAUUUACCGCUUGUGCUUUUUUCGAUCUCAACAAUAGAUUGAUUUAUGGUUUAAUCGGAAUCGUCACAACUUACCUUGUGAUUCUCAUUCAAAUUGGUAGCACAGCGUCAAAAAAUAUUUUUGAAAAUUCUACUGUUCCGUUUAAUAAUUAA